UCUUAUUGUUCCUUCCUCUCCUCCAAAACAAGAAAAGUGGUGGUUGAUGAAAGAAUUAAAAAUCCAAGAAGACCAGAUUCAUCCAGAGAUAAGCGCGCUCUGUCCUGAUAUCGACUCCUGAGUGAUCUAUUCACCGCCGUUCAGACCUUCCUUGACCUGUUGGCCCGCAACCAGUAACACACCACCAAUCCCAUCAACCUCCCUCAACUACUUCAAUCACAAUGUCCGCCCGUCGCACCGUCGACAGAUCGUCCGCCAAAGAUGGCGUUGCACCGUCGAAACCCGAAAAGUCCUCUGACUCAGAUGUGACCCCUGCAGUUCCCACGAAUGUUAUCAUGAAACUGCUGGGCUUCUCCGCCGCCAUGGUGGUUGCGCCUAUUGGUAUUUACUUUGUCACAGUUGACUUCGUCGGAGGAAGUGCAACGGUUGGCGGCAUUGUUGCGGCUAUCAUGGCCAACAUCGUCCUCUUCGCCUACGUCUAUGUCGCUUGGAAAGACGACCAGGCGGAGAGAGAGGCCGACGCCAAGCAGAAGGAGAAGAAAGCGCAGUAGUGGGUGCUUUCGAGUAUAGGUUGGUCUGUUUAUUCCGCUAUCAUUCAAUACCAGGUGUUUGAUCUAUGGCGUUCAAGGACAGCUGCGUGCAUGCUAUGUAACUAUGUAUCUAUUGGGGAUCGCUCUAGGAAAAUGAUAUGUCUGUCCUAGUGUGUGGCCGGUGAUUGGUGCCUAUGUGCAUGCGUAGACUGUUAGUCAAAUCACAACAAGCACAAGCGCC